GAGUGUGGGAGAACGCGGGUUGUUACAGUUGGUGCGUUGCUGUAGAAGAAAAAAGUCACACAGAUCACCAUGUCUGAGAGAAAAGCUGUGAUCAAGAAUGCUGAUAUGUCAGAAGAGAUGCAGCAGGAUGCUGUAGAUUGUGCUACUCAGGCACUUGAGAAAUUCAACAUUGAGAAGGAUAUAGCAGCCUUUAUCAAAAAGGAAUUUGACAAGAAAUACAACCCUACAUGGCAUUGCAUUGUGGGAAGGAAUUUUGGCAGCUACGUUACACACGAAACAAAGCAUUUCAUUUAUUUCUACCUGGGUCAGGUAGCCAUCCUUCUCUUCAAAUCUGGCUAGACUGAUGAGGAAUCCUCACUUUGCCUGUAAAAACUCCAGAGACUUGUGCUAUAGCCUAACCAAGGGAACAAACCUUCUCUACCUUCCUUGUGUCCUUAUUUGUGAUAACAGGACUGAAAACCUGUUGUGCUGAGUUGUUUUUCAUAAUGGUUAUAAAAGAGAAUGCAACAACAAAAAUCCGUAUUUAUUUUCUAAUGUUGCUAUUUUUUCUUAACAUUUAAUAAAUGUUUUUGUUUUCUUUUGAA